AGUAUCGGCACCGGUCGAUCUUUACUGCAUUCACCCACCCAACUCACUCUCAGGUUGUUUAUGCAGCGGACUAAAACUCUAGAAGUAUCUCCUGGUCCCGUAACUAAAGCACUGCUCGGUGUCAGAGAUGGCUCUCAAAGCCGCGGUUCUUGUGCUGGUUUCGGCCGUGCUGUCCGAGGUGUCGGCCGGAGUAUUUUUUAAGCAGAAGGAGCCGUGCUAUGUCCCCUCACCGAAGAGAGGCGGCUUUGGACUGCGGACCGCACCUCGUCCUCACGAGUAUUUGAACAUUUCCGAUCUGCCGAAGUCGUGGGACUGGAGGAACAUCAAUGGCACCAACUACGCCAGCACUACUCGCAACCAGCACAUUCCCCAGUACUGUGGGUCCUGCUGGGCACAUGGCAGCACCAGUGCAAUGGCAGAUCGAAUCAACAUUAAGCGGAAAGGAGCGUGGCCAUCUGCCUACCUGUCUGUCCAGAAUGUGAUCGACUGCGGUAAUGCCGGCUCGUGCCAUGGAGGAGACCACACCGGGGUUUGGGAUUAUGCUAACAAUCACGGGAUCCCAGAUGAGACCUGUAAUAACUACCAGGCUAAAGACCAGGAUUGCAAUAAAUUCAACCAAUGUGGCACCUGCACCACUUUUGGAGUGUGCAAUAUUGUGAGUAACUACACUCUGUGGAAGGUGGGAGAUUACGGCUCCGUCAGUGGGAGAGAGAAGAUGAUGGCUGAGAUUUACGCUAAUGGGCCGAUCAGCUGCGGGAUUAUGGCCACAGAUAAGCUGGAUGCGUACACUGGAGGUCUCUACUCUGAGUACCAGGAGGAGGCCUAUAUCAACCACAUCGUGUCAGUGGCAGGAUGGGGAGUGGAAGACGAUGUCGAAUACUGGAUCGUACGCAACUCCUGGGGAGAGCCAUGGGGUGAAAAGGGCUGGCUCAGGAUCGUGACCAGUGCCUACAAGGGAGGAAGUGGCAGUAAGUACAACCUGGCAGUAGAGGAGGACUGCAUGUACGGAGACCCAAUUGUACCCAAGGACUACCUCUAGAGGAGCCCAGUGUCAGAUUGCCGGCAGACACUCCGAUGCCUUCCAAAGAAAAGCUUUUUGUGUUUUAAUGUUAAGAAGGGAAUAAGUUCAGGUUUUUCUUUUUUUAAACCUAAAUAAUUACCAGGGUCUUCCAGCUGAAUAGCAAACUGCUUAUGCCGAUUCAAACUGUCUUAUUACCACAGAGAGGUGUGCAGGCUGUUUUACACAUUUAAACUUUUAAAGGGUUUUAUCAGAAAGAAGAAUGACACAAGUUUUUGUGCUGCAGAAAAAUUCAGGCCAGGCAACAGUCAUCACAGUAAAUAAAGAGGGUUUUUUGUAACCGACAGUAUCGAGACAGCUUUUAGUUUCAAUUUGUAAAUUCACAGUGAUUCAGCCAAAGAACACAACUAUCACACUUUCUGCUGCACUGCUCCGACGCUGAAUGUUUUCAGUGUAUGGCGUUACUGCUACUGACAAUGUUGCACUACACAGUGAUGAAUGCAAAAACUGAAAUAAACAUACUUUGUGUGCCUUUUUUGUGCAGUUUGAGUCAAAUAUAGAUUCUUGUAAUUUGCCAUUUGUUUUAUGAUGAACACUUUGUACCCAAAAUAUUUCAUUGUGACAAUUUGUUUUCAAACUGUACCAAUAAACACUUCA